GAUGCUCCCUCCCUUCCUGCCCUUCUCCUGCAGACCCUCUGUGACUCCAUCAUGUGCCUUUGGCAGGAAGAGACCGCUGGUGUGGGCACCGGCCUCUUGGCGGACCUUCUGUUCCUCAAUGCUGAGACCGGUGCUGCCAUGCUGGAUUUGCUUGUGGAGGAGGGUGUCUCCGAUCCAACGCAAGUGCCCGCCAUGGUGAGGUACAUCCACCAGUGGCUCACGGCCAAUGAGUCUGCUGGGCACAGGCUGGACGAGGCCCUUCUGGAGCUGACCGAGGAAUACCCCUCGGACGUGAUGAUCACCCUAUUGCGCUGGGCCCCAUCGUGUGACAGAGCUGCCGCGACCAUGUGGGGAACCAUCAUGUCCUCGAGCAGGACUGCGGAGCUGGCGCUGCAGUUACUCCUCGACGCGCUCAGCGCCUGGCCAGUGUACAGCGUGUACACCUCUGAUGGGGACAAUGCAGGAGUCUUUGCCCUGGCUGCAACCGUGGCACUGUGGAGAGUCUUCAAUCUGACCUGGCGCUCCCCUGUCGUGCUGGAGUAUUUCCCCAAUCUCUUUCUGCGUCUGCUCUUCCAAGCUUACAUCAGCACGCAGGAGAUGCCAGAAGAGGUUGAGACUUUCUGGAAGGGAUGCCAGGAGGAACACGGCCUCGCCACCAACCCCAACAGAACUCCCCACAAAGUCCCUGUGGUCAUGGGCGGCAGGGCCUUGUCACCAAGGGAGGGAUGA